ACAGCCGCGGAACUCGGGGCCCUGCGAGGGGGUGGGGGCAAGGGGGGGCCUGGGGCCGGGGAGGGGCCCCUCCCGGACCGGGGGAGGGUGGGCCGGCCCUUCCGGGGGGCGAUCGCCCAACAAAGGAUCCCCGGGGCGGCCGCCCUCGAGGGCCUCCCCGCCCCUGGAUCCGGCCCCCCCAAACACCCCGGGCCCGGCAUUCCGGAGCUCCUCCGCCGGGCCACCCCGUCGGCGGCUCGGGCGCCCCUCACUCGGCCACGCGUCUGCCUUCCAGGUGGGGCCGGGAGCGGCCAUGUCCCACGGCUCCAAGCAGCCCGGCGCGGCCGCCGCGCCGGCGGGCGGCAAGGCUCCGGGGCAGCAUGGGGGCUUCGUGGUGGCUGUCAAGCAAGAGCGCGGCGAGGGCCCCCGGGCCGGCGAGAAGGGGUCCCACGAGGAAGAGCCGGUGAAGAAGCGCGGCUGGCCCAAGGGCAAGAAGCGGAAGAAGAUCCUGCCUAAUGGGCCCAAGGCACCGGUCACCGGCUACGUGCGCUUCCUGAACGAGCGGCGUGAGCAGAUUCGCACGCGCCACCCAGAUCUGCCCUUUCCCGAGAUCACCAAGAUGCUGGGUGCCGAGUGGAGCAAGCUGCAGCCGGCCGAGAAGCAGCGGUACCUGGACGAGGCAGAGCGGGAGAAGCAGCAGUACAUGAAGGAGCUGCGCGCCUACCAGCAGUCAGAAGCCUAUAAGAUGUGCACGGAGAAGAUCCAGGAAAAGAAGAUCAAGAAAGAAGACUCGGGCUCUGGGCUCAUGAAUACCCUCUUGAAUGGACACAAGGGUGGGGACUGUGAUGGCUUCUCCACCUUUGACGUCCCCAUCUUCACUGAAGAGUUCUUGGACCAAAACAAAGCGCGGGAGGCAGAGCUGCGGCGCCUGCGCAAGAUGAACGUGGCCUUCGAGGAGCAGAACGCGGUGCUGCAGAGGCACACGCAGAGCAUGAGCAGCGCGCGGGAGCGCCUGGAGCAGGAGCUGGCGCUGGAGGAGCGGCGGACGCUGGCGCUGCAGCAGCAGCUCCAGGCCGUGCGCCAAGCGCUCACCGCCAGCUUCGCCUCGCUGCCGGUGCCUGGCACGGGCGAGACGCCCACUCUCGGCACCUUGGAUUUCUACAUGGCCCGGCUGCACGGCGCCAUCGAGCGCGACCCCGCCCAGCACGAGAAGCUCAUCGUCCGCAUCAAGGAGAUCCUGGCCCAGGUCGCCAGUGAGCACCUAUGAGGGUGUCCGCCGCCCGACGGAUCCAGAGAAGACUGCCUUUGGUCACAGCCCCUUCCCCACCCCAUGGAGGAGGAUUGGGGGUCCACCUUUUGGGGCCAUGCCCAAUCCUGCACCUUGGGGGCUCCAGCCCCCCAGAAUUAAAUUUCUACAGCAUCCCUCUAGCUUUCGAUUCCCUCAGCAGCCUGACCCCAGAAAAAUCACCUGCUGUACAUGAAACGCCUAGAACCCAGAGCCUCGGGGCCCAGCAAGGUCCGCUUCCUUUGCACAACACUACAGGGACAUGGGAGCACCACAGGGGCUGCGGAACCCAAGACACAAGAAGACCCGCAGCUGCCGGCACGCUCAGGGUGGGGAGGGUUAUACCUGCUACACUGGCUCUCCUGGACCGGCCCAGGGACAAGGUAGAAAACCCCAUACCUGUCAUUCUGGGACCCCCAGAGGUGCUCACCGCAGGCUCCCCCCCACCCUGAGGCAGGCACGCUGCAGGGACCUGCUCUUAUACUCGAGGUGGGGCCCUCUGCUUGUGGCCUGAACCCCAGAAUUGGGGGCGGCUGGUACUGACCGCCUCUCCCUCAUCCAGCUGAGGGGCCCUUGCCGAGGCAGCCUCUGCCUUUGCUCAAUCUGGACUUUUUAAAUAAAGAAAGUGGAAUUUGAAUUUC